AUGGUAUUGACGCAGGAUCUGCUGCUGGAUCCGUCCAUCAGGACGUGGGUUCUGCUGCCCAUCUUGGCAGUGAUGGUGGAGGUGGGCUUGCUGCGUCACUACAUUACUCAGCUGAUCGGGAGCAAGCCCAAAGGUACCAAGCCAGAGCUGCUACGAGAACAGUGAGUCGGCACGUCCCAGUGAUCCGAAGUGACAAGGCUUUGCUCGGAGGAGAUGCGCACCGUCUGACCAUGACAUUGAUGCACUUGCUCUCGAAGACGCAUUCUGACGCGAGCUCAAACCACUCGAGCCAACGCCUGGUACCUCUCACCCUCAUCGCUCGCAAUGAGAAAAGACUGGCUAGCCGAGGUGCUCAGCAACGGCAGCUACGUCAAUCCCAAAGAAGAGCCAAAGAAGUCCAGAAAUCCAAACGAACCGGAAAUGCCAGCGAACCCUUUGAGCAAUCCAGAUCAGAUGGAAGCCAUGAUGGAUCAGCUCAAGAAGAGUAUGGUCAUGAUGGUGCCGCAGACGGUCAUCAUGGGUUGGAUCAAUUGGUUCUUUAGCGGAUUCGUAUUGCGUGAGUCCCGCGAUUGGGAUGACCGGACAUCUGCCCCAUCGAUGACGCAUGAUUGUUUGGCGUACGCUGUGCUAAUCAUGUUGCUUUGCGCGACGCCAGUACGAUUGCCAUUUCCUCUGACGCUACGCUUCAAGCUGAUGCUGCAGCGAGGUAUCGACACGCAAGACAUGGACGUCUCCUGGGUCAGCUCCAUCUCGUGGUACUUUUUGUGCCUCUUUGGUCUCAAUGCGGUGUUCAGACUGAUUCUUGGCGAGGGUAAUGGUGAGUGAUGCAAGCCAGUCCACGGGCGAUGUACUGCAUCAAAGUCACGCUCUGUCCUAACAUCUUCAAACCUUGCAUGGCCUGUCUGCAGCUGCUGACGGCACGAGGGAUUUGGCUGGCAUGUCGUCUUUGGGUGUGGGUGCGGGUCCGGCGGCAGGUGCGCCACCCAACCCCUUUGCGGCAGCGACGGGAGGAGCUUCUGCUGGACCCGACUACACGAAGCUUCAUGCACAAGAAAAAGAGAAUGUGGAACUGAUCUCGACGCUUGGUAACAGGUGGCAUGGGUCAGGGGUCGAGGAGAGGGUGUUGGCGAUGUAUGCCUUGUAG